CCACGCUCCGCAAGCAGCCGGGGAAGCCGCUCUGAGCCGGGCUCCGAGCAAAGGCUUGGCGCUGCGAGCCGCGCUGAGAGCCCGCGGAGCGCGCAGUUCUCAGUGGGGACAGGGUUCCCACCCGGGACUCUCUUGUAGAGCUGAGCCUGGCAAAUGGGCGCAUGAAGAAGGAGAGCAGGGAAAUGGAUUGCUAUUUGCGCCGCCUCAAACAGGAGCUGAUGUCAAUGAAAGAGGUGGGCGAUGGCUUACAGGAUCAGAUGAACUGCAUGAUGGGUGCGCUGCAAGAACUGAAGCUCCUACAGGUGCAGACAGCAUUGGAACAGCUGGAGAUCUCUGGAGGGGGGCCUGUGCCAGGCUGCCCUGAAAGUCCUGGGACACAGCCCGACCGCCCUCGAUGGGAGGGCGGCAGAAGUCCUGCUAGGCCCGUGGUCAGCCCUCCUUCCAGUCAGCCUUCUCUUGGCAGCAGCAAGCUUCCGGCCCAUAGGAGAGUCUGUGGGAGGGAGUUAGCCCCCCUGCCCAGGACACAGCUGCUGCACCAGAGCUGUGUCCAGCAGGGGCCGGAGCAGGUGGAACCAGAUGACUGGACGGCCACAUUGAUGUCCCGGGGCCGGAAUCGACAGCCUCUGGUAUUAGGGGACAACGUUUUUGCGGACCUGGUGGGAAACUGGCUAGACCUGCCAGAACUGGAGAAAGGUGGGGAGAAAGGUGAGACUGGGGGGGCGGGCGAGCCCAAAGGAGAGAAAGGCCAGCCCCGGGAGCUGAGCCGCAGGUUUGCCCUCACAGCAAACAUCUUUAGGAAGUUCUUGCGUAGCGUGCGGCCUGACCGGGACCGGCUGCUGAAGGAGAAACCAGGCUGGGUGACACCUGUGGUCCCUGAGCCCCGAUCAGGACGCUCCCAGAAGGUCAAGAAGCGGAGCCAUUCCAAGGGCUCUGGACAUUUCCGAUUCCCAGGCAGUGGGGAGCACAGACGAGGGGAAAAUCCCUCCACAAAUUGCCCCAAGGCCCUGGAGCCCUCACCCUCUGGCUUUGAUAUUAACACAGCUGUUUGGGUCUGAAUCCUAGAGACAGAAAGUUGACUGACCUGAAAGGGCCAGGCCCCUGGAGAGGAGGGAGGGCAGGCAGGAUGGCUUUCAAGAGCUCAAGUCCAAGUUCAUUUUCCCUAGAAGGGAGGGAGAAGCCAGAGUUCUCAGCACAGGGCUGAAAGGAAUGUGGUUGGGAGAGGCUGUCUCAGGGGCUGGCUGGUGGGGUGGGGAGGUAAGAGUUCCUGGAGAGAGAGAGAGAGAGAGAGAAUGAAUGUGUGUGUGUGUGUUGCUCACUUUGGGGCUGGAGGUGAGAGUAGGGGAGGGCAGAAGGAGAAGACCAUGAAAUCCCUCUGACAUUCCUCCACUGCCCCCCAACACCUCAGUUGAACAUUCUGUCUGGAAAAGAGCACCAGAGCCCCAGGUUCCCCAGAAAGGCCCCCAGUAAAGACCUGUCUCUGUGGCCCUAACCUUAUAACUGUCUGCUUCCCCAGCAAGGCAUUGCUCCAGGCACAGGGACUGAACUCCAGCCCUCCUGCGAGUUGGAGCAGCAGGGAGGCAAAACCGCACCUUUUUUUUUUUUUAAGUUGCCUUUGAGGUUUCAGCCCAGACCUGGACCCUGAGCGCAGAGCUGAAUGAGUGCAGUGUGUAAGGAGCAGCCGGGGAAGCCCCUGGCAUUCCUCACCUCCCCCCAAAUGCACAGGGGAGGAAGGAUAUCGGUGUGGCACUGUGCACUUUUGAGAAAGCCUUUUCAGAAACAUGGUCUCAUGUUUCUAAUGAGUGGGCACCCAGGGCGGGCGUUAGCCCAUGUUCCAUGUAAGGAAACAAGCCCAGAUCUGCUGCCUGUCCAGGAACACCGUUGGCAGGAGGAGGUGGAACGGGGCAGGCCGGACUGCAGAGUGGAAGCUGAGCCCUGCAGUUACCUAUGCUCCUCCCCCGCAGUCCUUGGAGCCCCCUCCCCAAGGCCCUGUCUCCUGCACUGAAUUCCCACCCGGGGCAGGUUAACAUGGAAAUUCACCGGUGAGGAGACGACCAGCGCAGAAGGAAUACCCACUCCUGUGUACACCCCUAGCUCCCUUCCGCGGCCCCUCCCCGCUAGGCGCUGCCCUUGGCCUCAGGUUCCCCCCUCGCCCCGCAGUCGGCCUGGGCGGAGGGGCAGAGCGGGGGGCGGUAGUUCAGCCCCAGCUUUUCUAAAGCCGCUCUGGGCACGUGGCUCGGGGAGAGCCGCCGGCGGAUCUGGGCCAGCCCCGGCCCGCGCUGCGCGAGCCGCCGUCCCCCGCUCCGGCAGGGAACGCCCACUGGCUGGGAAAAGACAAAGCGGGUCCCUGUGUGGCUGAGCCUGCGCGGGAGGACACGCCCUCUCCCCUCUGCCCUCCCGGCCGGGCGCCCUCCGGCAUGACUGGGUGUGACAGCUGCAAUUAGAGGCAAGACGCCUUCCUGCCCUCUAAGCGUUGAUAGCAAAUUGGAGAAGAGAAAAAUAACAAGAAAGGCUCUUCCGCCUGCUUCCUGGGCCCCCAGCGGCGGAGAGGGAGGGAGUGGGCUUAGAGCUCGAGUUGGAGGUGCGCAGCGACCAUUUGAGGGUGGUUAGGGUCACCCUCAAAUCCACACACAGUCAAGUGGUAGGUGUUGAGUUUUUGGUGGGGAAAGCGCUCAUUUUUGUUGUUUUGUGCACUUGCUAUUUGCCAGGUAGUGUGCACAUCUCUCUAAUUUAGAACAACUCUAGAAGGCACUGUUCUCCAGAUACCUCAGUGGAAAUUCUUAGCGCUCACCUAAACUGGCCACAUGGGGCUGCUUGCAAAUGAAAGAACCAAGAUUUGAACCAGGGGGUUAUCUGACUCGCCAACUCCUGUCCUUUCCUCUCUACCUACCUACUGAGCUAGCUCUUUCUAGAAGAGCCAGCCCUUGCCAAUCCCUCCUGUCUCUCCAGAGAACUCUGACAUUUGGUCUUGGGUGAAGGAAUGUUUGUUGGCUGUGGCUGCCUUUGGUUGUGGUGGUGGUGGUAAUGGCGUGUGUGUGUGUGUGUGUGUGUGUGUGUGUGUGUGUGUGUGUGUGUGUGUGUAUGGACAAUGUGCAUGUGAAGAUUCCACCUACUCGCUGAUUUGUGAGAGGAAGGAAAUGUGUGCUGCUGGGUGGUGGAGAAGCCAUGCAGACAAUUAUUCAAGAUGACACCAGCUCCAAGUCUGGAAUAAUUCUAUAGGAAACCAAGCCAAGAAGCCCAUUCAUCUGCACUCAUCUAUUUUGUGGACUGGUCAAAGCAGCUCAGAUUGAUGGAACAAAACUUUUAUGAACACCUCCUGAUGCUAAGGAACAGAGCAAUGAAAGGGACCCAGUUGCUGACCUCCAGAGGAUCCAGGAAAACAAAGAAGCAGAUUUUUAACCAUUGGUUAACCAGAAGAGAUUCAAGGGACUAAAAACUCAUUUUAACUUGGGCCAGAACAAAACAAUUAGGAAGUGACGUUUGCUGCCAACGUAAUUCACAGGUGCCAGGCAUCUUCACUUUUGUGUUCUUAAUUCCUUCUCAUGACACCCUAAAAGUGGUUGCUGUUACUCUUAUUAAUAUUUUACAUGGAUAGGCUCAAAGAAGUUAAGCAACUCAUUCAAGGUCACAGAAUGGCAGAGUUGGGAUUGAAACAGUUCCAAAUGACUUCCAGCCUUGUGCUUUUCAUACUACCCCACAAAUUGUCCAUACCCACUCCAAUGCCAAAUCAAGAGGAACAACAAAAACCCUGUCCUCCCAUAUUAUCCAUGUCCCUACACAGACAAAUGGCAUGUGACUGUCAGAUGGAGGAAUUUUGCCAGGGUCUUGAGAGGGCUGAUGUGGCCCCACCCACUAUGUCAUGCUUUGCUAAUGAAAGGUUAUGGUAAUUCAUUUCCCCUCCCCGCCAAUCUUUACUUCCCUCCCCUCUGGACUCAAUGGGAAUGCCUGUGGGUAGGAGAUAGUGGAAGUAAGCAGAAAGAAACUGACAGCUUAAUUCUGCCUCUGGGACUCCUGUUAUGGUUAAUUAGGACGUGUAGAGAAGCUGAAAGCCCAUUUGCUGCCCUGCCUGGCAUGCAGCCCCACCCCACACCUGGCCCACUUCCCUGGCAGGUACUGGGGCCACCUAACUGGCCCAGGCAUCUGCUGAGGGCUCCAACUGCUUCUUUGUGGCCAGAGUGUGUCUGUAGAUGAUCCCCAACUAUAGCAGGAACCCGUCCCUGCUGGGCAUGGCUGAUGAGGCCUGCCUGGUCUCCCUCCUUCCUUUCUCUUUCCAACCUUUCAGACCCAGUCCUUUACCAGGACUGGGAUCUCUCUUUCCCCCCUCCUUCAGGCACCCCUCUGCACCCCAUCCCUCAAGGUGAUCUCUGAACCCAAACUUGCCCUGAGGAAUAGAGACCUGGCUCUGCCCCCACCUCACCUUCCCCCAGGGCCUUGUGAGGGACAGUCUCCUGCAUCUUUCCCAGGUCACACCAACCUUUCCUGCAUGGCCUGGACAAGAGCGAGAGCACAUAGCCUGUCUCUUGGGGAGCAGGGGCCUGUCUGCCUUCUCCAGAGCAGCCGUCAGUCCAUCUCAGGUGACUUCCCCACCCAGCACAGUUAAGGCACUUCCGCCAGCCCAUGGUGUGAGCACUACAUCUGUAGUCAAGCAGACAGGAUUGGAGACCCAUUUCCGUCACUGUGUAAGCUUCGGCAUGUUGCUUGACCUUUCUGAGCCUCACUUUUCUUAUCUGUGAAAUGGGGAUAAUGCGGGGCUGCUGUGGGGUUAAAGGACAUCAUGUACCUAGGGGUCAGGCACACUGCCUGGAUCACAGCAGAAGCUCAGCAGACACCAGACUAGCACCCCUGCAGUGCAGGCGCUAACUAUGUGACCUGAGGCAAAAGUACUAAAAAAAGUGUUUUCUCUGA